AUGGACGAUCCUACGCUGGUCCCAGUUCGGAGCGAGCCGUCUAACCAACAAUGCCAGAAGAAUGUCAUCUUCCAUGAGGCUGCGCUUGUCCCUGGAAACAUUACCCACAUGAAGCGAGCACUUUUUGAUGAAUUACCAGACGCGGAGAUGAGGAAAUUCAGGGAGAGAUUGAAACUAGAGAACGACGGGAUCCGUUGCGGGUUCAUACUGUCCCCUGUUUCGAAAGUGCUAGUAUCGGCGUCUUCACCCGAUACGACCCUCCAUUUUGGUACCAACUAUCAAGAGAAUGGGGUGGACCAGUAUUACAUGCUCAUGUACCUCCUUCUUGCCACGCUGAUGAUUCCACCAGAGAUGAUCAGAAUUGUGGAAGCCUUAUUGAGAAAGCAUGAUCGAGACCCAAUGCCAUUGAACACUGCUAUCGCGACAGUGAUCAUCUUUGCCGACCUUCAACAAAAGCAUCCGAUUGUCGAGUCAUUUGUUAACUCUAAAUCGAGGGGACAGUGGACCAGCAAGUUCAAAAGUGUCACAAUGACCCAAUCUGUGAUAUACUUUCCGCAUCUCCUGAGGUCCCAUGAGAACGGAAAGUACACUCGAUAUACUCAUCCACUACGAUGGGCUUACCAACAGUAUCACCGCGAUUCCACGAAUAAUCACGACUUUGCACUAGGAGAUCAAGACGCGCAGCUACCUCAGGAUCAGUUACUUGAAUUGGCAACACAUAUCAAAGGCCGGAUUGUCGGGUCCAUCUUAUUCCCCAAUCUAUGCCAGCUACGCGAUUAA